GCCCGCGCCCGUGCCCGCGCGGCCGUCAGGGCGGGCGAACAUGGCGGCCGAGAUCCACUCCAGGCCGCAGAGCAGCCGCCCGGCGCUGCUGAGCAAGAUCGAGGGCCACCAGGACGCCGUCACGGCCGCGCUGCUCAUCCCCAAGGAGGACGGGGUCAUCACGGCCAGCGAGGACAGAACCAUCCGCGUGUGGCUGAAGAGGGACAGCGGGCAGUACUGGCCCAGCAUAUACCACACCAUGGCCUCUCCUUGCUCCGCUAUGGCUUACCAUCACGAUAGCAGACGGAUAUUUGUGGGCCAGGAUAACGGAGCCGUGAUGGAAUUCCACGUAUCUGAAGACUUCAAUAAGAUGAACUUUAUCAAGACCUACCCAGCGCACCAGAACCGGGUGUCGGCCAUCAUCUUCAGCCUGGCCGCAGAGUGGCUGAUCAGCACGGGCCACGACAAGUGCGUGAGCUGGAUGUGCACGCGCAGCGGGAGCAUGCUGGGCCGGCACUUCUUCAGCUCCUGGGCCUCGUGUCUGCAAUACGACCUCGAUACGCAGUAUGCCUUUGUCGGGGAUUAUUCCGGACAGAUCACCCUGCUGAAGCUGGAGCAGAGCAGCUGCUCGGUCAUCACCACCCUCAAAGGGCACGAAGGGAGCAUCGCCUGCCUCUGGUGGGACCCCCUGCAGCGGCUCCUCUUCUCGGGCGCGUCCGACAACAGCAUCAUCAUGUGGGACAUCGGGGGCCGGAAGGGCCGCACGCUCCUGCUCCAGGGCCAUCAUGACCGCGUCCAGGCGCUGUGCUACCUGCAGCUCACACGGCAGCUGGUGUCCUGCUCCUCGGACGGGGGCAUCGCCGUGUGGAACAUGGACGUGAGCAGGGAGGAGGCUCCUCAGUGGCUGGAAAGUGAUUCGUGUCAGAAGUGUGAGCAGCCGUUUUUCUGGAACAUAAAGCAGAUGUGGGACACGAAGACGCUGGGACUGAGGCAGCACCACUGCAGGAAGUGCGGGCAGGCCGUGUGCGGCAAAUGCAGCAGCAAGCGCUCCAGCUACCCCAUCAUGGGCUUCGAGCUCCAGGUCCGCAUGUGCGACUCCUGCUACGCCUCCAUCAAGGACGAGGACCGGACUCCCCUGGCCACCUUCCACGAAGGCAAACACAACAUCUCCCACAUGUCCAUGGACGCGGCCAGGGGCCUGAUGGUCACCUGCGGGACCGACCGGGUGGUGAAGAUCUGGGACAUGACGCCCGUGGUGGGCUGCAGCCUGGCCACCGGCUUCUCUCCGCACUGACCGGCAGCCGGCGGAGUCCGCGCGUCCCCACCAGCGCCGCCGCCCAGCGCCCCCUGCCCCCGUAGCCCGCGCUCACAGUAGCCACUAAAACCAAACCAAACCGAUCAGCAUUUUGUUUUCUAUGUUUUGUUGGGUUUUUUUUUGGUUUUUGAUUAUUAUUAUUAUCUUUUUUUUUUUUUUUAAGAAAAAACAUGCCCAGGUGUGUUUGGUGGCGCGAGCAGAGGGAGCCCACUGGGGCUGGUCCCCCUCUCUCCCCCCUGGGGGGAGGGGCGUGCCCAGGCGUGGAGCCACUUGGGCGAGCGUUUUCCUGGUUUUCCCCGCGGGCCGUGAGCUGGUGUGUGCGCCAAGAACGCCCUGGCCCGUGAGCACCGCCGAGGAAACGGCCCCGAACCCCAGCGGACGUGGCCGAAGCAUUCCCGAGAGUUCCAGCGCCCUCCCCCGCAGACCAACCCAGAGGGGCCCCCCCAAGCCCCAGGACGGGCCUCCCCGGGGCCCUCGGCCACUGGCUGGGGCGGGAGCGUGGGGGAGGAAGGACUUGGUCUAGCUUCCUCGCGGGGGUCUCUCCUGCAAGGACUUGGUCUAGCUUCCUCGCGGGGGUCUCUCCUGCCAGGGGCUGUGCGGGUGGCCGGGACGGGCCAGCCCAGAGGAUGUGUCCGUGUCCAGUGUCCACUCGCUGCUCUCGCUCAGCUCGUCCAGGAGCGAAGGGUGGCAGGGCCGGGCGCCCAGGCCCGCCCCUCUCCUGCCGGCCCUGCCCGCCCGCGCCCGCCCGCGCUGGGCUCAGAACGUUUUCAUGGUGCUGGUCGCGGGCUGCAUCGCCGCCCACCCGCCCCGGCUAGCAGAGGUCCAGCUCCCAGCCCAGGUGCGACGGGGAAGAUGAAGAAUCUGUCCUGGAACCCCCGCGGCCGCCUUGGAGGCAGCACAGCGAUUCCCAGAGAAGCCGCAGCCCAUCCCGUGGUGGUCUGUUCCCCUCCUCAGGGGAGACCUCCGGAGCUUUGCAAGGGUCUCGGACUUUCCGUGGUAGCUCCCGUUGCUAAGGCCGGGGGUGGGGGGGGGGGGGAACCAGGGGCCCAGAGCAGCAGUCCCCCACCGGUCCCGUGUGUGUGGUCACUCCGAAUUCAUGAAUGCCUUUCUCUCCCUGUUGUUGCCGGCGGCCACUUGGAAAGCUCUCGAGUGCUGAUCAGGCCUAGGGUGUGCAUGAGGUGGGGGUCGGGCGCCUUGGAGCUUCAGACAUCCAUUGCUGGUUAACAGUCGGAGAUGGUUGUUGUGCAGAGAUAUGUUGGGCUUUGGGCCAGGGGUGACUCAGCGGCAAAAUGAAAGUAGUAACGGGAUUUUCCUUAGUCUUGUGAACGGCUCCUGUCGGGGAAUUCACCACCGCCUGCUUCUCUCUCCCAGCUGCACGCCCAGUGAGCCGGGAGCUGAGAACGCAGGUACCGAGAUGUCUUAAUGGACAAGGAAAGGGGGCCGGGCCCAUCAUGGCCUAGAGGGAGCCACAUUCCAAGCUGACUUGCUGGUGACUCGACAUAGUGUUUAGUGGUGAGGCCUUGCACGUGGCAGACACAGGUUCUGUUCCCCAAACACAGCCAGGAGGAACCCCUGAGCGUCCCCAGCUGUGGGCCAAGAAACACGUUGACUUGCCUUCAGAGAUGACACUGAAGGGUUUUGUUUGCUCCUUGAAGUUUCUGUGUUUUGUUUCCUGGAAAAAAGAAAAAAAAAAAGUGGUGUUUUUUUUUUCCUAAACUUUUCCUAGGCUUUUUUUGCACAACAUCCUAUACUAACAUAGUCUGGAAGAGGAAGAAAAAAAGAGUGACGUCAUAACUUUAAAGCGGCAGCUUCUGUUCAGUUCACGGUUCACCCCAGCUACUAUCCCGGGGGUUUUUAUUUCAUUCUGAAAGGAAAACAGAAGGGGGAGGGCCGGGGGAGUCUGCUGAACUCUAGUUCCGCUUUGAACUGCUGAAAAUGUGACGAUUAUUAUUCAAGUCUGUGGUGGACUGAGCGGAAGAAACCCAGUUGCGGAGAGUCUCGAGCAUUUUAAUUGAAAAGAAUUCUUAAUUAAAGAGCCCGCUGAGAAGCUAAAGUGCUCACACCGCCUCCUGGGGGUUGCAGAGUUAAGGAGACCGUCUGCCUCCCAUUUUCUCUCUGCUGCAGCCAGUCACCAUUUUCCUUUCUUAAAAAAAAACGCACUGUCCGCCCCGGGGCUCGCCAGCCUGCGGGCAGCAGUGAGACCCCCCCCACACACACUGUGGAGGGCCUUGGGCAAACGAGACCGUUUCCCCUUUCCUUCUUGGGCGCCCACGGAGACGCGUGCGGGCGUCUGGUUCUGUUGCCUUAUUGAGACCACAUUCCUCCGACACGGGUCAUUUGCAAUCAGAGUUCUUGAACGGUUUACUGUUGUUGUUUUGUUGUUGUUUGUUUCUGUUUUUGGUUUCUUUUUUCAUCCUGCACACUCCCUACUCUGUACAGCAGAGAUGAGGAAGUAGACUGUUUGGGAGAGGUCUGACGCGUAGAGCUAGGAUGUCUGUGCGAAGGAAGCACCCAGGUCCCACUUCAAACACGUGUCUAGAGCGCCCCGGAUUCGUGCAAGCGAUAGGAAGACCCCUGAGCAUUCAGUGGCCGCUGAGUACCGGCCCCGCUGCGCUGUCGCGUGGCACGUCUGUUUACUGUGUCCCAGCCCUGCCCGCCGCCUCUCCCAGGGAGACCGACAAUUGCUGCAGAAUGAGCUCACUUCAUCCUCCCCCUGAUGAAUUCAGCUUUCACUCUUUCUUUUUUAACCGUGGAAACCUGCCCGAGUAUGUAAUUCAGAACCAUUAGUGGCCCAGACCGGAGGAAGCGAUUCCUAAAGUCAGUUUUUUUUUUAAAUGGAAUUACUUUCUACUUCUGUUCUGGUGACUCCAAGCCCGUCUGGGAAACCAGCUCCUAUUCCUUAAAGACUGUGCGGUUGCCCCGGGGUCCUCCCCCUGGUGACGCAGGUGUCUGUUGCUUAACUGUGACUUUGAGCAGAGGGUCGAAUGGCAACUAUAUUUUCUGCAGUUUCCUAUACAAUGACUUUUGAGUAAAAUCGAAGUUUAAUCGUGCAACAAAUUUAUAACAAUUUAAAGUGUUUUUCUCUAUCGCCUUUUUUUGGACGGGGCAGCCAUAGGCAGUGCUGAGUACUACCUUUUUCGUCGUGUACCAGCUCUGUUUCUAUACGACACAGUGCCCGCAGAGCCCAGAGAGCUAGAAACCUUUGUUCUUUGCACCUACCUGUGGGUUCCUAUUUUUGUGUGUGUAUAUGUAUGUCUUUUGGAAAAUAUGUACAAUAAAACUACCUUGCUUGUUA